CAUCGCCAACAUUCACUACAUCGACAUCGUCUACACUACACAUACAUCGGCACCUACACUUAUUCAACCAUGGAAAACUCUCUACAAGCCCGAGGGGGCCCAUAUGCCUCAAAUCUGGCCGGAAUGGGCGGCCUCCCAACGACUAUCCCCGAUGUCCCAAUUUGCGCCGUUUUUAUCGUCCUGUACAUUUGCUUCGCCGCAACAAACAUGAGCAUCUUCCAAGUCAACCGUCGAAGGGGCCACAAAUUCAUCAUCAAUUCUUUAAUGUACGGGUUCUGCAUGGCAAGACUCCUAACCCUUGUCCUGCGCAUCGUUUGGUCACAGAGGCAAACAAACGUUUCCCUCGCGAUAGCCGCCCAGGUUUUUGUCAAUGCAGGCGUGCUCAUUCUCUACAUCAUAAAUCUCAUUCUCGCCCAACGUAUUCUACGAGCGAAGCAACCGCACAUCGGGUGGAGUCCAAUCUUGCGCAUAACUUUCAAGAUCCUCUAUGUAUUGGUUGGAGGCGCCUUGAUUAUGGUUAUCACGGCUGUGAUUAUAUCGGCUUAUACCCUGGAUAAACAUGUCCAACAGCAAUGUCGGGAUGCCCAGCUUUCAGGUCUCACCUACCUUCUUGUUUUCAACUGUCAGCCGGCACUGCACAUUGCCACAGCACUCUUACUGCCGAAGUCACAAGACGAGGAGAAGUUUGGAGAGGGAAAUUCGCGGACUCAGGUGCUUACCGUGAUGAUUUCUGCGUGUUUCUGUAUGAUGAUUGCAGGAUUCAAAACUGGGGCUAUGUGGAGCCCGCCCGAUCUUGCUAUCAAUGCCCCCUGGUAUGAUUCCAAGGCUUGUUUCUAUGUCUUCAACUUUACCUUUGAGAUCAUCACUCUCGGUAUAUUGACAUUUAACCGCAUUGAUAAGCGAUUCUGGAUUCCCAACGGAUCUACCAAGCCAGGGGACUAUACGCGUCUUGGUAUAAGUAACCCAGCUAGUGUUGACACUGGUUCGCUUGGGGCCCCUUCCAAUUUUCAUGAGAAGUUGAUCCCAGCAAUCUGAGAAGACACCGAAGAUAGUCAUUUGGGUUUCCAUAGUUACGUUGAGAAGCGAUUACUAAAUAGAAUUGAGAGCACGGGAUAGAACAGGAUAGAACAGCAUUCAGGUUAGGGGAAUUGCAUGUUAUACGACGGAUGCGCGAAUGUGUUGACUCAUAUGGGAAAUAGU